AGUCGGGCGCAGGGAUCUCACGGCAUUCCCUUCUGUGGGAAAAGUGCAGAGUACACGAGUUGGUGGCGAGCAGCUGGAUUCUGGAACCGGGGUGAAAAAGAAAAGAAGGAAGGGGGGGACAGAGAGGGAGAGGAAAAAAAGUGAGGUGGUGCACUGAGGAAUUGGCAGGGCGCUGGGAACAGUGGAGUUGUCUGUGAUCUGGAACACCCUUCCCCAACAUGCUGGAGCUGCGCAUAGUUGCGUUGCAGCGCUGCCGGGGAAUCUGAGACCUGAAAGUUUUGCUUCUUGGUUUUAUCUGUUUCUUUUCGCUUCCAGAGAGGAUUGACGCCGCGCGGGAUGCCAGGGGUCACGGGCUGGCUGCUCCCCACAGUGCUGGGCUGGUUCUUUUCGCUGCCCUACCUCGGGGUCCGAGCCCAGACCGGUGGGCCGAACGAGCGCUGGCGGCAGAUGAUUCAAUGGGAGGACAACGGGCGGGUCUACAGCCUCCUCAACACCGGCUCCGAGUACGUGCCGGCCGGGCAUUCGGCGUCCCGGAGAAACCCGAGGGUCUGGCUGGGAGGCUCCACGAGGCACCCCAGCGGGUCGCCCCGAGCCAGGGGCACGGGGCGGCGCCAGGCUCCCUCGCCGUCCGUCAGAGCCGGCUCGGAGACGGUGAGGGGGCAGACCAGGCACCCUUUCGGCUUCGGCCAGGUCCCGGACAACUGGAGGCAGGGCGCCUUCGGCGACCCCACCCACACCCACCGGUACAUGCAGCCCGCCGCAAGGCAAGCCCCCCGGUCAAGGCCACGCCAGCCGCCUUACUCUGAGCCCACCUUCGCCCAAGCACCUUACCCCCGGUUCCCAGUGGCGCAGCCCCCUUAUCCCAACUCUUACGACCCCAGCUAUGAGUAUGGGCCGUCCAGGGGCUUUGAUAACCCCGACGAGCACCCUCCCUAUCGCAGAGUGCCUUUGGAUAGUGGUGCAGGGUACCCCUACCAGCCUAGGAGCCGGUAUGGCGACUAUGGAGAGAACAUCUACCCCUACAGAUACCAAGGGCAGAACCCAGUGCAGGAGAGAUACAGCGUGCCCCAGUCACCGUAUGCCCACGAUGGUCUGGACAGGCGAUACAUGCACAGCCUGUACGACGAGAGCAGGGGACAGGCGGUCACGGGAGGAGAAGAUUCUUCGUCGCUCUUGCCAUCCACAGUGUCCAGGAGUUCUGCCGUGCAGCCGGGUCCGUCCCCCGAUGCCGGUCACUUAGGGCCGAGGGUGGCGAACCCCGACCUCCCACGCUCUGGUUUCUACCCGCAAGUCGGCCGCAUCGUCCCGGUGGACCAGUACCCCCCUGACCGCUCCGGCGAUCCAAAUGUGGAGCAGUAUCCGUUCCAGAGAGCGCUUCCCAAUGGUGAGAUGGACCAUGGCCGCCUGGUGCCUGGGCCAAGGUUGGCCUUCGGAAGUGUCUACCGACAAGACCGUGCUGGCAGAGGUCUGCCAGACCUAGUGCCGGACCCACACUACGUCCAAGCUGCCACCUAUGUGCAGAGGUCCCACCUGUAUUCCUUGCGGUGCGCGGCAGAGGAGAAGUGCUUGGCAAGUUCUGCCUACAAUGCUGACACCACAGACUAUGACAUCAGGGUCCUGCUGAGGUUUCCUCAGAGAGUGAAGAACCAAGGAACUGCGGAUUUCCUUCCGAAUAGACCGCGGCACACUUGGGAGUGGCACAGCUGUCACCAGCAUUAUCACAGCAUGGACGAGUUCAGCCAUUAUGACCUACUGGAUGCUGCUACUGGCAGAAAGGUGGCUGAGGGUCACAAGGCCAGUUUUUGCCUGGAGGACACCACGUGCGACUUCGGUCACUUGAAGCGUUACGCCUGCACAUCGCACACUCAGGGACUGAGUCCUGGUUGCUACGACACCUACAAUGCAGAUAUUGACUGUCAAUGGAUUGACAUUACAGAUGUCCAACCUGGGAAAUAUAUCCUAAAGCUUCAAGUAAAUCCCAACUAUCUUAUACAAGAAUCGGAUUUCACUAACAAUGUUAUCAGGUGCAACAUUCACUACACAGGGCAAUAUGUUGCUACUACAAAUUGUAAAAUAACACAGUCUUGAUCUGCCUGUUUUGAAUUUCAAAACACGACAUACACCGAGCGAACAUCUGGUGUGGGUGGAACUUUAUCGUACAGCAGCUGUGGUUUGGUAGUUGUCACUGCGAAUCAGUCACAACCAAAGAAUCCAGCAGCAACACAAAAAGAGCUGUGGACCACGAGCCAGCCGCCACCAAGUAUAAAUCUCUGCAUGGACUAGUCAGCAAGGGUGUGUGGGCAUCUGGAAAAGGUGCUGUUAAUUAGCAUCUCUGUUGCCAUCUAAACGUGCCUAUUAGAAAAAAAAGUAUUCAGCUCUUUUGCACUUUUAAGUAUAUAAGAAAUCGGUGCAAGCAUUUGCCAUAAGCCUUCCUCACCAUUCAAUAACUGUGGCUGAACUUCAACACCAAUACUUUCCUGCAUAAUCUCCCCACUAAUCUGUAUUCAAAAAUCUUCCCACUUCAGUUUUGACUGUAGUGUAUAGGCCCCUUGUGGUGAAAACUUCAAAUGUUUAUAACCUUACAACUCUCAGUUAAGAUUGUCCAGUGUUCCAGCAUUCUAUUUGGAGAAGUCUUCUCAGAAAAUGUAGAGAAUAUUGGCCAAUCUAAUACCUCUGUCUUAAGAUCUAGUUCCUCAUGGGAUGACUCAUUUAGAAACAGGCUGUUUGGCCCAUUGAACCUGUGCUAACCAUCAAUAAUUCAGUUACGUUUAUCCUAUAUUCAUCCCUCUUUAUUCUCCACAUAUCCUUAUCAACACCACCCCCCACCCAAAUUCUACCACUCACCUACACACUAAGGACAAUUUGCAGUGGCCAAAGAACCUAAUAUCCUGAAUGCCUUUGGAAACGGAAGAGUCUCUGCCGGUCACAGGGAGAAUGUGCAAACUCCACACAGAUAACACCAGAGUUCAGGACUGAACGUCAGUCUCUGUUGCUGUGAGACAACCCCACCGUGUCAACCUAAUCCCUGAUGCUUUGUUAAUUAGUGAGGUUUACUAAUCCUCAGCUUCUUGUCAUUGCCAGAGCAGGCUUAAGGAACUGAAUAAGCCACUCCUGCUUCUCUGCCCAGUGACUUUGCGCCUAUAAUGGGGUUACACAGGCAGAGAGCAUUAACCUGCCCUUUUCCUGACCUGCUCUCUAUUCACACCACAUUCUGUUCAAGUUUCAAACUCCCAUUUUUAUUAUCCUACCCUCUGUUUUGUAAAGUUCCAUUGGUGGAAAAGAUUGACUGCCAGUAAUCCAAAUUAACGUGCCCAGGAUUGCUGGUACAACGCAGGAAGGGCAGAGAGCCCUGAAGAGUCAGAGUAUGUGUGGCCUCUUCAACAAAACCAGUAUUCCAGAUGAUUGGAUAAAAUCCCAAAGAGAUGGUGUCUGGGGGAGCAGAAUGGGAGCUCUAUACAUGAUGCACCAUAUGAAUCUCUCAGUUAAUGCUAAACUUGCUUCAGAUUUCUAAGCCUCCUUAACAAUUAUAUUUUUAAUUUUAUUUAUUUAGAGAUACAAGAUGGUAAUAGGCCUUUGCAGCCCUGAGCCCACACCACUGAAGGACACCUAUGUGCCCAAUUAACCUACUAACCUAUAUGUCUUUGGAAUGUGGGAGGUAACCAGAGCAUCUGAGGAAACCCACUGGUCAUGGGGAGAAUGUGCAGAUUCCUUAGAGACAGUAGUGGGAAUAGAACCAGGGUCGCUGGUGUUGCAAACCGUUAACCAUGCUGCCUUGACACCAUUGUGUUUCUGUAUAUGUUCUUCCCAUCAACCCCCCCCCCCCCAAACAUCCUCUCAUGACACAAUUCAUUUGUCCAAUGGAUCCUGAAAUUUGGGAACUCAGCUUCACUGGAACUUAAGUGUCCUCCUUACACUGUGUCCUUAAUUUUCCUUCCUGUAUGAUGCACAGUCCGCACUCAUAUUGCACCCUUAAGAUGCAAUAUAUAAGAUAGGAUAUUACCCGGGAAGGCGAGGAAAGCUGCCUGAAAGUUUGGUCAAAGAUGUGCUUUCUAAGGGAGCCCACAAAUUCUUUGCAGAGGUAUGGGAAGGGAACAUAGAGCUCAGAGUUCUUUGCGGAACAUCACCCUUAUAUGUCCUGUGUUGGGGGUGAGUAGAUGACGAAAUGUAAUUCAGCAAGCAAUCGGGCUUGAGCAGCAUCUGAGGUAAACGAGUCACAAUAUUUAGGGAUGAAAGCCUGCAUCAGAAACUUGAUCAUUCCUCUCACCACCCCCAUACUCCUGUUGCUCAACCUGCUGAGCUCCUCCAGCAGAUUGUUAGUUGUGCCACAUUCCAGCAUUUGCAGUCUCUUGUGUCACCAAAAUGAAAUUUGAAAGAACAGUCCUGAACAGUGCUAUUUUAUCAAGUUUAGUAAGCUCUGUAUCAGGCACACUACGUACAACAAAUUUAUACUUACAGGCAAGUGAUCAGACGGUCUGCCAUUCAAAACCUCCUCACCUACGCCCAUCUAUCACAUUGCAGUUCAAAGGUUAUCUGCCAAUCAACACCUCCUCACCUCGGUUCAUCUAUCGUAUCACAGUUCUUGCCCAUCCUUCUGUCUUCACCUCGUGUUAUUGGUUAUCUCCCCUUCACACUUCAGUCCAGAGAAAGGGUUCGGGUCCAAUGUCCAUUUCUCUCAACAGAUGUUGCCUGACCCUCUGGAGUUCCUUCAGUAGCUGCUGUGGAUUCCAGCAUCUGCAGUCUCUUGUAUCUCUAUCUCAUAUUUCUGUACAGAUUUAAAAACUAAGUCACAAGGUAUUCUUGAUGUUUAAUUCAAAAUAUUAAUUAUGUAGAAAAGCUUUGAAACAUAUUACCAUGAUCAAUCUGGAUGUAGUGAACAGGGGAAUGGGUUUGGUGGAGCUGCGUGGUAGGAACUAGCAUAGACUCAAUGGGCCAAAUAGCCUCCUGUGUCAGAACAACACUAUGAAGAAAUUUUAUGCAUCAGUGAAAAAUAUAUUCUCCCAUGUAGAUUAUUAUGGAUAUUUGCUGUGAUCGGGGUGUCUAAAUCUAGAGAGCAUAGAUUUCAGGUGAGAGGGAGAAGGCUAAUAAGGAAUAUGAGGGGUAAAUUCUCCUCAUAAAAAGUGCUUGGUGUUUGGAGUGAGCUGCAGGAGAAAGCAGUGGACGCAGCAAGUCCACAUCAUUAAGAGACGAGACACAGGAAAAUGCAGAUGCUGGAAUCUGGAGCCAAAGACAGAGUGUAUUUUGGGUUGGUGCCCCACAUCAGGACCUCAGCAAAUGCUGCUCAACAUUUAAAAGGCAGCUUGAAGAGCAACACAUAGAGGGAUAUGGAAUUUAUGAAGGCAAAUUGGAUUAGUAUAGCUAAGUGUGUUGGUCAGCAUUGACACUGUGGAAAAUGCUCCUUUUCUGUGCUAUAUACCUCUGUGAGUUGAAAUUAUGAAGUUAAAAGUAAGCUUGAUCAUUCUGAGAGGAGCAUAAAAAUGAAAUACUUUUCAAAUAUAUUUGUUCCGGUUCUCUAGUGACCAGUAGGUCACCAGGACUGUUUCACAUUGUUUUCUUGUGCCGCUGAAUUAAUAGUAAAGUACAUUUUGUACAGGUCACUGCAGAGAGCUUUCUUAAUAUCUCCACAGAGACCAGUCUUGCAAGACAGCUGACCUAAUCUUUAUUUUAAGACAAAGCUGAUUUUAUAGUAACCUGCUAAGUAACUUGUUGCAAAGUCACAAAGCUAACUAAUUCCUGAGGUUAGCCUGGAACUGACUGGUGAUUAUGGGAAUGUUAAUGACUUUAUAUUUUCCUAGAAUAUUACACAAUUCUAAACUCUGGAUUAAACACUGUGUUACCUGUCAAGGGCAAUUAUGUUUUCCACCAAUUUUACAGAAAGAAAAUGUUGUUCUAGCUGGAACCUUUCAAGGCUUUGGGAAAAUAUUGUUCACUUUAUUCUUAGAGAUUAAGAAUUCAAAGAUACUUUUGCAAUCAAAUAAACUAAAUCCUCUAAUAUGUUAAACACCUUUGAAUUAAGAGCAUAAAGGCAACUCCAUAAUCAUUCACUCCCACCACCUCCAAGGCACUGAGGAUGUAGUGUGUGUUAUAUACAGAAUGCUUCAGUUCAUUUGUUCGCUUCAGUUGUUAGCAGGAUUUGUAUUUUCACAUCGAGUGUUGGUCUUUUGUUUUUUUAAAUCUUUUUUUCUUCUAUUUGGGCUCAUUCGGGAUUCUUGCUUUCUGGCUACCUGUGAGCAAGCAAAUCUGAAGGUUGUAAAAUUUAUACAUUCUUUGACAAUAAAUGAAUCGUCAGUCUUGAACUUGCUCGGGCUAGUUCAACAGCACCUUCCAAACAUGGAUCCUCUGCCAGCAGGAGGAAGGUGGAAAGGGUGGGGGCGGUGAGCUUGCCACUUUCUGCAGGCUACCCGGUCACACACCACAGAUUGCGUCAUGGCUGCUGAACCCACACCCUGAAACUCCUUGAAGGAACUUCAUCAGAAGGAUCCCAGCAGUUCAAGAUGGUGGCUCACCAUUGUCUUCUCAAGCAAUCUGUGACGAUCAAUAAAUUUAAUUGCCAACGAAAGCCCAUAUCUCAAAAAAUUAAUAAAUUAGGAGACAACAGCUUACAUUUAUUUAAUUCAUAGAAAAGAUAAUUUACAGUACAGAAAAAUGCUUUUCAGCCCAUUAUGCCAGUAUUAUUUGAAGACAGCAUCUCAUCCUCAUCCCCACCAAUGGGUCUGUAGCCCUACAGAUUCAGGGAUACAUCUAAAUCCAUUUUGAAUAUGCUGAGUGUUUCCCUACUAACCUCUCAGGCCUAGAGUUCCAGAGUCUAGGUGAAAAGAAUUUCCCUAAUAUUCCUACUUGUUCUUCAUUUAUUUAGCUUAAAUCCUAUAACCUACUGUGACCUAUAGGCAAACAGCUUUUGACGAUGAAGCAUUUAAAAUAUUCUGCAGUAAAUCUGUGCACAGCAAGCUCCCACGGAACACUCGCCUGCUGAUUUGUUUUAAAUACUGGCUGGGAGAAGCUAAUUCUUUCUCAUCGAUGCUGUAUGAUUCUUACUGUUCAGCAGAGAGAGCAGAUAUUUUAAUCCCAUCUCCAAGACAUGAGAAUUUCCCAGAAAGGGUCUCUUCACAAUGUAUUUGGUAGGCUGAAAGAGAGAGUGGCCUAUUAUUCCCACUCUUUGAACAAUGCAUCUUCUCGACAUAAAAAACCCACAAUUCCCUUCAAAGUACAAAGUUAAAAGUAGAUUUGUUUUCAAAUUCUGUAUAUGUUAUCAUUUACUACUUUGAGAUUUAUUUUCUUGCAGGCAUUUAAGGAAAAAAUAAAUAUAAUGGAAUUUUAAGAAAACCUAUACGUAAAUAGACAAAGACUGACAAACAACCAAUGUGCUAAAAAACUGUGCAAAUAAAAAUAAUACUGAGAGCAUCAGUUGGAAAGAGGCCUUGAAAGUGAGUAUGCAGGUCAUCAAAUCAGUUCAGAGUAUUGGUGAAUAAAGUUAUCCAUGCCGGUUCAGGGACUUAAUGAUUGUAGGGUAAUAACUACUUCAGAACCUGUUGGUAUCGGACCACAGGCUUUGGUACCUCCUGCCUGAUGGUAGUAGUGAGAAGAGGGCAUGGCCUCUUUGAUGGGGGUCUUUGAUGACAGAUGCUGCUUUCUUGUGGCAGUGCUCCAUGUAAGUGUACUCAGUAGUAGGGGAAGGCUUUGCUUUUGAUGGACUCCGAUGUAUCCACCACAUUCCCUUUCCAUCAGCAGAUGCUACUCAACCUGCUGAGUUCCUCCAGCGUAUUGUUUCCAUAGAUUUUUAAACAAUGGUGUUGGUAAUGUGAUAAGCCUAUUGCAUGCAUCAAAGCCCGUGGGUUUAUAUCAGUUUUCAAAGAACUGGGGUAGCAGGAAGAUGGUGGUUUCAAGGUUUGAGCAACUGUUUUGUGAUUCCAUUUAAUCAUACAGCGUAAGCAAAGCAAAAAAGAAUCUCUUCUGCAAAGUUCUCUGCCUGCUUUGAUUGGUCAGUACAAUGAAUUCUUCACCUUUCAAAAUAUGUACACUCAGUGGCCAUUUUAUUAGGUAUCUCCUGUACCUGAUAAAGUGGCUACUGAAUAAUGCUUGUGGUCGUCUGCUGCCAUAGCACUUCCACUUCAAGGGUCAGCGUGUUGUGCGUUUUUCUGUACACCACUGUUUUAAUGCACGAUUAUUUGAGUUACUGUUGCCUUCCUGUCUGUUUGAAAUUGUUUGGCCAUUCUUCUCUGACUUCUCUCAUUAACAAGGCAUUUUCACCCACAGCACUACACUACUGCUCACUGGAUGUUUUUUGUUUCUUGCACCAUUCUGUGUAAGCUCUAGAGACAGUUACGUGCAAAAUCCCAGGAGAUCAGUGAGCCCUGAGAUACUCAAACCAUCCUAUUUCACACCAAUAAUCAUUCCACGGUCAAAGUCACUUAGAUCACAUUUCUUCCAAAUUCUAAUGUUUGGCCUGAACGACAACUGAACUACUUGGCCAUAUCUGCAUGGAGUUGCUGUCACAUGAUUGGCUGAUCAGAUAUUUGCAUUAACAAGCAGGUGUACCCAAUAAAGUAGCCACUGAGUGUAUAUCUGUGUAAAUAGCACAUCUGUAGUAAACAAAUCUAUUUUACUACUGACAAAGGAAAAUAAUGAUUCACUGUGUACUAAAGUUAGCUGAAAGAAAUAAUGCUUGUGGGGAACAGUUAAAAGAAGUUUUAUUCCCAGAAUAAAGCAUAUGGCAAUCAGCUGGGCAUUUUGUGCAUAUUAGUGGUUUGUGCUUUUAUUCCAAAUACUCAGGACCCGUAAACUGGAAGACCUGAUAACAAAUGUAACCCUACUGUAUCAUUUGUCUUUAUCUCAACACACGUGAUCAUGUGAGAUUAUAUAACUUUGCACUCAAAGUUUCUGCCUUGGUAACCAUGUCUAUGCAUUACUUAAAAUAGCAGAAAUAUUUUACAAGAAAUUGUUAAUUUUACUGAACUUUUGUAGGCUGGAUGUAUAAUUGCAAUAUUAAAAAAUAAAGGAAAUUCAAUGCAAGUUUCGAUUUG